AUGCUGAGCCUGCUACUGCUGCUUGGGCUGGGGUUCCAGACACUUCUCUCGGUGUCUGGGAAUCAGUGCUCCUUGCGCCGGGACUACUCACGGGGAUACUACAAAGACGGGGAUUUGCUCAUUGGGGGGCUCUUAGCUCUGAAUGUGUUUGAAGGGAAUCCCAAGGAGUUCAGCGAAUAUCCGUUUUGGUUUGACAUCAGAUUUGCGCGUGUCCCCAGACACAUCCAGCACGUCCUAGCCCUGGUGUUUGCCGUGGAGCAGAUCAACAAGGACCCCAGCCUCCUGCCCAACGUCUCCCUGGGAUUCCACAUCUCUGAUACCUUAUUCCGGGAGAGGCUGGCCGUGGAGCAGUCCCUGAUGUUGCUCUCGGGAGCGGGGCGGACAGUUCCCAAUUACAGCUGCCAGGGACGGAGCAAGCUGGUGGGAGUCAUCGGCGGAGUCAAAUCCUCCUUGUCUCUGGCCAUGGCCAAUAUCCUAGGAUUCCACAAAUUCCCGCAGAAAGACCUGGAAAUUCAUACAGUUUUAGUACUUUUGCUUCUUCAAAUCUUAAUGUUUAAACUAUUAUUGAUCUGGGUUAUCUUCAUCCAGAUCACCUACGGCCCCUUUGACCCCACCCUGAUGGAUCCAGUGAAGUUUCCCUCCCUCUACCAGGUGGCCCCAAGGAGCACCGCCCAGCAGCGUGGAAUAGUCCGACUGUUGGUGCAUUUUGGCUGGAUCUGGGUCAGUCUAGUGGUCUCCGAUAAUGUUCAAGGUGAAACGUUCGCCUGGGACCUGAUGGGAGAGAUGGACAGACACGGAGUCUGUGUGGCCUUCACAGAUCGGAUUCCUGAAACUGGAUACUACGGCACAAUAGAGGCCCAUCGACUCUAUUCCAAAAUGAAUAAUAUGUUGGUCAAUGUGGCCAUUGUCUACGGUGAUAUCGACUCCCUCAUCAUGUUUAAGUGGGUUGCCACUUGGAUUAAUAUUCUCGGGAAGGUCUGGAUCGCCACGGCUCAUUGGGACAUCAGUGCCAGUAAUAAUUAUGACAUAUAUGACAGAUCCUUCCAAGGUUCCCUGUCUUUUUCCAUCCACACGGAUGAAAUUCCCAAUUUCAAAGCUUUCCUUCGAGCAGCUAAUCCUCUGAAGUACCCAGAUGAUGUUUUUCUCAAGGAGUUCUGGGAAGCUGAACUUGGCUGUUACUUUCCAUCUGCAAACUUUGUCAGCAACGGGCCCUUGUACGAAUGCAAGGGAAACGAGAGCUUGGAGAGCCACUUCUUGCAUAACACUGAUGUGGAGAUGUCUGGGGUGCAGUACACCGUGUACAGUGCUGUGUACACAUUGGCCCGUGGGCUCCAUGAAAUGUUCUUGUCCUGGUCGGAGAAGCAAAUGAGUGUGACAGAAGACACCAUGGUUCCCUCUCUGUGGCGGAUACCCAGGUGGACUACAUCUGUACUACUGAAGGUCGGAGAGUUUAAUCCCCAGGCUUCUAAGGGUAAUGACUUAACCAUUAACGAGAAGGCCAUUGUGUGGAACGGAUUCACCCAGACCCCGCACUCUGUGUGCAGUGAGAGCUGUAGCCACGGAUACAGGAGAACAGCUUUGGAUGGGAAGGCUGUCUGCUGCUAUGAUUGUUCCCCCUGCCCUGAGGGCGAGAUCUCCAACGAGACAGAUGCCACCCAGUGUGUGAAGUGCCCCGAAGAUGAGUAUUCAAAUCUACAGAGAGACCGCUGCCUGCCCAAACUCAUCACUUUCCUUUCCUCUGAUGACCCACUGGGAAUUACCUUGAUUUGUUCAGCUCUUUUCUUCUCCCUGAUCACAGCCCUGACCUUGGGGAUCUUCAUCAAGCACCGAGACACCCCCAUCGUCAGAGCCAACAACCGCGGCCUCAGCUACAUCCUCCUCGUCUCCCUCUUGCUCUCCUUCCUCUGUUCCCUCAUCUUCAUCGGCCGCCCCAGCACAGUGUCCUGCCUCCUCCGACAGACUGCCUUUGGCAUCAUAUUCUCCGUGGCCGUGGCUUCGGUGCUGGCCAAGACCAUCACAGUGGUCCUGGCCUUCAGGGCCACCAAGCCAGGGAGCAGGUUCCGGGGAUGGAUGGGUCCCCGCGUGUCUAACUGUGUCGUCCUCAUCUGCUCCCUGAUCCAAGUAACCAUCUGUGGGUUCUGGCUGGGGACCUCUCCCCCUUUCCCUGACUUCAACACGCAGGCUGAGUUUGGACACAUCAUCCUUGAGUGCAACGAGGGCUCCGUCACUGCCUUCUACUGCGUCUUGGGUUACAUGGGCUUCCUGGCUCUGGUCAGCUUCAUGGUGGCCUUUCUGGCCCGGAAUCUGCCCGACGCGUUUAACGAGGCCAAGUUCAUCACGUUCAGCAUGCUGGUGUUCUGCAGCGUCUGGAUCUCCUUCCUGCCCACCUACCUGAGCACCAAGGGCAAGGCCAUGGUGGCCGUGGAGGUCUUCUCCAUCUUGGCCUCCAGCGCUGGGCUCCUAGGCUGUAUCUUUGGGCCCAAGAUCUAUGUGAUCCUGCUGAGGCCUGACAGGAUCGGAGACUUGGGCUUGAGGUACAAAAACCAUUCUUUUCUGAGAUCUUUCCAAGGGUUUGUAUCAAAGGCCUGA